UAAGUUCUCUCUAUUCAACACAAAAAUGUCUGAACAUGAAGGAAAAUAUGCGAUGAAAGUCACUGAAGGGCAAUGGACCACCGGUUUAUACGAUUGUUUCUCCGAAGAUAUCCCUACAUGUUGCUUUACAUGGUUUUGUCCUUGCGUUGCAUUUGGGAGGAUCGCUGAGAUUCUUGACAAAGGCGAAACAGGCCAAGGAUUUGCUGGAUUAAUGGUGGUGGCAAUGUCUCACAUUGGAUGUGGAUGGUACUAUGCUUCAACAUACAGAGCCAAAUUGAGGCGCCAAUACUCCUUGCCCGAGGAGCCUUGUUCCGAUGGCGCCAUCCACUUCUUCUGCUGUUCAUGUGCUCUUUCUCAAGAACACCGCGAACUCAAAUAUCGAGGUCUUGAUCCCUCUCUAGGGUGGGAAGGAAACAUUGAGAAAGGAACAUCGAACACUACUACGCCACCGUUUGUAACGUCAAGCAUGGACCGCUGAAGAAACAAAUAAUGGUUAUAUAUAAUUUGAUGUUGUAAAUAUAAUAUUUGUUUUAAUGAUAAUUUUGUGUGAUAUCUUCUAUGUGAAUAUCCUGUAAUAAAAGAAUAUUUGCAAUCCUGUUUGGCUGUUUUAAAGUACUGUAUAUGUUGGCAUCCGGACGCGGGUAAGAUGGUGCUUUGAUACAUGUUUUUUCUAAGGCAUCUACCGAGAAAAAAAUUGUGGUAACUUCUGUUUCCUCUUUUCCAAUAUUGAAAGAAUUUCUAUUUCAUUAUGAAAAAAAAUUAUUCUCUCUGUUUUUUUUAGUAAGUGUUAUUUUGACAUUUUUCACACAGAUUAAAAAGAUUGAUUGAAAUGUAUUUAAAUUGUUAUUAAUUACAUCUAUUUAACCAAUAAUAUUUGAGAUAAAUAAAAUUAUUUAUAAAACCAAUACAGUUUGCAAUUAAUUUUCAGAUUAAAAUAAAUAUAAUUUGCAUUAAAAUUUUAAAGUGACAUUUUCUAUGUAACAAAAAGUGUUAGAAUGACAUUUAUUAUGUAACAUAAAGAAUACUUUACAAAACCCAUCAACUAAUUAAGUUGAUUGAAAGUGAUAGAGAUAAUUGGCCACUAACUUCGAAAAGAGAAUAAGAGAUGAUAAAUGUUUUCAAACCAAAAAACUGAUGGCAUAGUUGAUUACGUUAGCCACUAUAUCUAUGAAAAUUUACCAUGAUUUUUUUUGACAAAGGCUCUUAUAUUACUCAAAUUUGAGGUGUCCAAAGUAAUUUGACCAGAAUAAAACAAAUAAUAAAAUAGAGAA